UCGUGCUCCUUUUAAAGCAAACUGGCACUGAGUGAGAUUUCUCACUCGGCCAGAAGACGGGACACGGUGAGGAGCUGCUGUGCCUCUCAUUCUACACCCUCUCCUGUCGUCACCCCAUCCGUGUAGUUUAGUUCUUUUCUUUUAUCGUUUACAUCAUUAGCUUCUUCUUGUUUCAGUUAUGUAUCGGUAUUUUGGGGAACUGUUGAGCCGCUCUGCGGGCAGUGCCCUGGCCUCGGGAUGCGUGGACUCCGCUCUCCCAGUGUCGUCGUCUUUGAUGCGGGUCCGUCGCUAUGCCGAUGCGGCCAACGAGCCCGACGACCCCAACUUCUUCAGGAUGGUCGAGGGCUUUUUUGACCGCGGUGCCACCAUCGUCGAGGACAAACUGGUGGAGGACCUGAAGACCAGGGAAACCCCUGAGCAGAAGAGACAUCGCGUGCGGGGCAUCCUGCGAAUCAUCAAGCCAUGCAACCACGUCCUGAGCGUGUCGUUCCCGAUCAAGAGGGACAACGGAGAGUGGGAGGUGGUGGAGGGGUACCGCGCCCAACACAGUCAGCACAGGACGCCCUGCAAAGGGGGUAUCCGCUACAGCACAGACGUGUCUGUGGAUGAGGUGAAAGCCUUGGCCUCUCUGAUGACAUACAAGUGUGCUGUUGUAGAUGUGCCAUUUGGUGGAGCCAAAGCUGGAGUUAAAAUCAACCCCAAGAAUUAUUCUGACAACGAGCUGGAAAAAAUCACCAGGAGAUUCACCAUUGAGCUGGCCAAGAAGGGUUUCAUCGGACCUGGCAUUGAUGUCCCUGCACCAGACAUGAGCACCGGGGAAAGGGAGAUGUCCUGGAUUGCUGACACAUAUGCCAACACCAUUGCACACACAGACAUCAAUGCCCACGCAUGUGUGACCGGAAAGCCCAUCAGCCAGGGAGGAAUCCACGGACGCAUCUCGGCCACCGGUCGUGGAGUUUUCCACGGCAUCGAGAACUUCAUCAAUGAGGCCUCCUACAUGAGCAUGCUGGGAUUGACGCCAGGCUUUCAAGACAAGACCUUUGUCAUUCAGGGCUUUGGUAAUGUGGGCCUUCACUCCAUGAGGUACCUUCACAGGUUUGGUGCCAAAUGCGUCGGCAUUGGUGAGAUCGAUGGAGCCAUCUACAACCCAGAUGGCAUUGACCCCAAACAGCUGGAGGACUACAAACUGCAACAUGGCACUAUUGUCGGCUUCCCAGGAGCCAAGCCCUACGAAGGGAACAUUUUGGAGGCUGACUGCCACAUCCUGAUCCCUGCCGCUGGAGAGAAGCAGCUCACGCGUAACAACGCCGGCAGGAUCAAGGCCAAGAUCAUUGCUGAGGGUGCUAACGGCCCCACCACCCCAGGUGCUGACAAGAUCUUCCUGGAGAAUAAUGUCAUGGUUAUUCCUGAUAUGUACCUGAAUGCCGGUGGUGUGACCGUGUCUUACUUUGAGUGGCUGAAGAAUCUCAACCAUGUCAGCUACGGAAGGCUGACCUUCAAAUAUGAGAGGGACUCAAACUACCACCUUCUCAUGUCUGUGCAGGAAAGUUUAGAAAGGAAGUUUGGGAAGCAGGGAGGACCCAUCCCCAUUGUACCAACCGCUGACUUCCAGGCCCGAGUUGCUGGUGCCUCUGAAAAGGACAUUGUGCACUCUGGGUUGGCUUACACGAUGGAACGAUCCGCACGACAAAUCAUGCGCACAGCCAAUAAAUACAACCUGGGUCUGGACCUGCGGACGGCGGCGUACGUCAACGCCAUCGAGAAAGUCUUCAAAGUCUACAACGAGGCGGGGCUUACCUUCACAUAGACGUCUCAUCCAGACCUGCACUGCCUCACCUUCCUCCUUCCCCCAAGCUACACCCUCCCCUGUCCUGCUUCUCCCUGCAUUGUAAAACAACCUUCAGAACAUAUCACUGUUUACCGCUGCUUAUAGGCUCAGUAGCUGGCCUGGUGUUUAUUCUGUAACCGUCGUGCUACCAUUAUGUUUCCGCACCCCGUCCUGCUCUGUCGUCUCUUCUGCCUGAAGAUCCAGAGAAAACUGAGCGCUCUGUCCGCAGGGAAAGUCCAGAGCAUUGGCCCCGCCCCUUAGCCGUCAAUCAAAUGUUUCCUAUAUUGUGGAAUAGCCAUUUUCACUGCAUUCUUCCUGUGUUUGCAGGGCGCAUGUGUGACCGUCUUGUUGUUUAUGUUGACACCACUACAGUUGCCUUAUUGCUGGAAGAGGUCUACUCAAAAUAAAAAAGAAAAUGCCACUUUAAGCUAAUUUAAAAGAAUUUAGACAUAAUUAAUAUUAAAGAAUAGAAAAUAACUUUAGUUUUUCCUCUAUCUCGUAGUGUCAAGCUCAACAGUGAUGUUUCAAACUUUUAGGACUCCUUUUUUUCCCCAUCGUUUUUACUGUAUUGUGGGUGGAUGCUCUCCUCCUUCCCUACAUUUUCCUUCUUUUUAUCUUUCCCCUUCGCUUCAGCACAGCUUCUCCCUAACUGCUCUGCUGGCCGAGAAAGAGGAGCAGAGAUGGGCGCAUGGUCAUUCUGUGAUCCCCCACCCUGUUUUCUUCUAUCUGUCCUAAUAUUCAGCUGAAAAAGUUCAUUUUGGAGGAAAAUAUUUUUAUUUUUUUUUCUUUUGUUUUGGAAACCAAUAAAGUGUUCAAAAACA